AUGGUUGAGCCCAAUGGGAGCACUCUGUUAAUAUGUUUCCUGAUCGUUAACCUUGCCGAGGGUGCAUGUAAAAUUGAUAUUGGGAAGAAAUUUGUCGACUGCUCUCGCCUGAACCUUGAGCAAGUGCCAACAGAUAUCUCUCAUGAUGUUGAGAACCUGGAUCUAUCCUUCAACAAACUCACCAAAAUUAAAAAGGAGGACUUUUAUCAUUUAUACAAUUUAAAGAUAUUAAACUUGAACUUCAACAAUAUAUCCAUUAUAGACAAUGGUUCUUUUAAAACAAAUAUACUUAUGGAGAACCUUAGUUUGUUUAACAACUCUUUGACUGAGAUGCCAUCUGAGCUGCUGGAACCUCUUGAGAGUUUGAAAAUUCUUAAAAUGUCCAAUAAUUUCUACAACUCUUCCACUCUUGGAAAUGUGUUUACAAAAUUGGUGAACCUCAAGGAGUUAUCAUUUGGUGGCCCAAUGAUAAAGACAAUAUUGAAAGAUGACUUUGUUCCCAUUAAGGACAUUGAACUAGAAAGAUUUGCCUUAAAAACUCAGUCUAGCCUAGAGGCUUAUGAAGUGGGGGCAUUCAGCAUGGUGAAUACACGUGAUAUAUGGUUUGAUAUUACAUUGGAUAUGUAUGCAGGUGCUCUUCCUCUCAUCUUAAAAGAUUUGGCUGGGAAAUCCUUUGAGAAUAUGCGUUUCCGAAAUUUGUUCGAGUUCACUUAUUACACAGAAAGCAUGGAUAUUUUCUCUUACCUAAAAGAUGUUGGUGUUGAUUCCCUGACCUUUUACCGAGGGAAGUUCAAUGAGUACCUUCUUUAUUUGAUCUUGAAAAACAUUGGAAAGCCAUAUAAUAUCAAUGAUCUCUUAUUGCUGUCUGUAGAUUUUGCCCGUUCUCCAAACUUCAACAAGACUGACAACACAAUUGAAAAUCUGUCACUGGAAAAUUUGGUCAUUCAGGAUGUUACCAAUCCAGACAUUUUGAGAUUUGAUUGGACUUUUACUUGGUUCAGCAACAUCAGAAAUUUGCACAUCAUCAAUGUUAAUUUUAAUUUUGUCCCAUGUGUUGCUUGGAAUCACAUGACUAAUUUAGAAAGCUUUAACAUCACAGGAAACCGUCUUUUGGCCAGGUAUCUGUACAAUCCAACCUGCCAACUUUCAUUACCUGCAAUCAAGACGUUCAAUGCUAGUGACAAUACAAUGACUAGCCUCAGAACAAUUUCUUUGUUAAUUACCACAUGGUCCAACCUCUCCGUUGUUGAUCUUAGUUUUAACAAUAUUGAGAGCUGCACUGAGUCUUGCAUAUGGCCUUCUAAAAUAACAACUCUUAUUUUACACAACAAUGCAUUGAUUCACGAUAUUUCUCCGUGCCUGCCCCUUACUCUGGAGUAUUUGGACAUGUCUAAUUCUCAGCUAGAGCACUUAAAUAUGAAUUAUUUCAACCAAGCCAACAACCUGCGUGUAUUGAUUCUCCGUAACAAUAAAAUCAAAUUUAUACCCACAGGUUGGAAGAGUUUGAGUCUUGAAGUCUUGGCUCUAGAAGGCAAUUCCUUUGGAGUAAUUGAUGGGGGUUCAUUUAAAUAUUUGCUGAAUCUACAAAAUCUAACUGCAGGAAACAACCCAUACUAUUGCAAUUGUGACUUAUAUGCCUUCAUCACAGAGACCCUCUCCGAUAAAAAUAUAUCACUACUUGACUGGCCAGAUUCUUAUUAUUGCUAUCAUCCACAGAACCUUGUGGAGACUAAAAUUGAGUAUUUUAAUCCUGGAAAAUUACAGUGUGAUGUGGGUUUGGUGGUAGCUAUAUCAGUGGCUGUUACUGCUGUAGUAGUUAUUAUCUGCAUGAUCCUAUGUUGGAAGUAUAAUGUUCCGUGGUACCUGAGAGCCACGUGCAAAAUUAUCCGUUCAAAAUAUCGCUCCAAGAAAAGGGAGGACAACAGAGAAUAUGUUUAUCAUGCCUUUAUCUCGUACAGCUAUUUGGAUGCAGAUUGGGUGAGGGAAGUGCUGUUAUCUCGUUUGGAGAAUUCCACUCCACGUUACAAGCUGUGCAUACAUGAGAGGGACUUUCUCCCUGGGAAAUGGAUUAUUGACAACAUCAUUGACAACAUCGAAAACAGCCGCAAGAUCAUCUUUGUGCUCUCACGCAGCUUUGUUAACAGCGAAUGGUGCAAUUACGAGCUUUACUUUGCCCACCAAAGGAACAUUGGACAUGCAUUUGAAGAUGUCAUCCUAGUGGUUAAGGAAAAUGUCAGCUUCGAGGAUCUCCCAAAACGGUUCUUUAGGCUGAGAAAAAUGCUCAAAGCAAAGACUUAUCUGGAGUGGCCUUCAGACCAGAACCGGCAGCCAAUCUUCUGGGUCCAACUGAAGACCAUUCUAGGUCGAGCAAACCGAACUGUUUCAGGACAAGAUAAUUUGUCUAGUGAGAUAGUUGUGGACUGA